AUGGCAGAUCUCGAAAUAGUUUUGGCUGUCAUCCUAACUGUAUUGGCCCUUGCUAUUCUGGCUAUUCUGUUAGCAAGAUGGACACGGCGUAGAAGCGAGGCGCGGGUCUCCAGAUAUACUUCAGAACAGAGUAUUUCCAGUGGGAGACACAAACGAGGUAAACAGUUUGGUUUCCUAUGGUGCACUGAUGUUGUAAACAAUGAGAAGUCUCAUUGUGUCUCCUUUCCUUUAGGAUCCCGAUGCUCGUUUUCAUCAGAUAGCGAACUGUCUCAAAAAACCUUCCUGCAAACUCCUGGACCUAUUGUGCAAUGUAUGGAUUCCAGUGUUGGUGCCAGUGCCCAGGAAGGAAUGAGCAUGCUGCCACACUGUAACCCAGUAGUAGAGAGCCGAUGGAUCCAACGGAACCAAGUAGUAAUCCACUUCUCUAAUUGCCUUUCAGCUGGGAUGCCGAUGGACAUAUGUUGUCAACCUGCGCUGAAGCCUAGCUGUUGUCAACAGCUGCAAAUCAAGCCUAGCUGUGAGUUCCGCUGGAUAUCCUCCUGUUCUCCUUCAUUAUUCUCUGAGUCCACCCUGUCCAUUUCUACACUGUGUGCAGACACACAAGACUUUGCUGUGUACUCAGUUCUGUCCCCAGGUUGCAAAGGCCAGAUGAGACAUGGAGGGAGUGUCACCUUCCAGGAUGAGUGCGGGAACGCCAUCCCCAUAAAGUGCUGUAAGGAGCGCAGACGGUGCCAGUGCCAGUACUGCUGCAUGGGCCACCAGCAGCGGCAGCCCAUGUGGUGUGAAGAGCCGGCUCCUUCCUCUUCUCAGCAGCAGCAGCAGCCUCCACGAAGACAAGACUCUCAAGUAAGGCUUGACCAAAGAAGUGAAAGUGAACAUAAAGCCCAGACCAUAUGUUAUGAAGAGCCAUUCCUUUUCAGAAGGCUGGAGUCCCUGAUAAGGAGGAACCAAGAAGGGAUAGUAAUAAAGCAGAAUGAGGGCGGCUUUCUGAUAAAGAGGGCCGAGGACUACGUGUCAGAACGCAGAAAGAAGCGAAAGUCAUCCAAGAGGGCAUCAGAAAACCUAGGAACCGACUCUGACUCAAGUGCACCGAAAACCACAGAGGAAUCUCACCACGCUCACGAAGAAGGAGAAGAGAGGAAACACAAGAGAGAAAAGAAGAAAAAGAGGAAAAAAGACAAAGACGGCUGAGAAAGGGGAAGGAGGCUAGGGCACAACAUGGCCUCCGAUGUGAUCUCCCAUCAGAUACAAGCGACACCUCCCCUCACCCCGGUGCACCAUGGUUACAAAGCCCAGCCCUGUAGACAUCUCCAUUUUCUGCUGUUCUGACGUUUGCCCUUAUUACGCCUUCUUGCCGCAAUCUUCAUCUUCCAAUGUUUGCUUUAUUCGACAGAACAUAUAA